AUGAAGUUCCUCACCGGCCUCUCCUGCCUCGCCGCUGCUGCCAGCGCCGUUGUCGUCGACCUCAACAAGCGCGACAGCCCCCUCGAUGUCAAGAUCGAGUCGACUGGCAACACCGCCAUCAAGGCAAGCAUCACCAAUACCGGUGCCUCUGACCUCAAGGUCCUGAAGGCUGGUUCCAUCCUCGACAAGCUCGCUGUCGAGAAGGCUGAGGUCUUUGCUGGCUCCGACAAGGUCGAAUUCGACGGUAUCCGCCUUCGUCUCGGCACCAACGGCCUUCCUGAGGAUGCUUUCCAGGUCAUCUCCGCCGGCGAGACCGUCUCUGUCGAGUGGAACUACGGUGAAGUCCACGACCUCAGCGUCGGUGGCAAGGUCGAUGUUGCCGCCAAGGGCGCUCUUUCCAUCGCCGAGGUCGGCAGCAACGAUAUCACCAGCACCGCCUCCUUCAGCUCAAACGUCCUGAGCGUCGAGGUUGACGGCGCCGCCGCCUCCAAGGUCCGCCGCGACUUCCGCGAGAACGUCAAGCGUACCGUCGUCCAGUCCGACUGCACCGGUACCCAGCGCACCGCUACCACCACUGCCCUCUCCAACUGCCGCGCCCUCGCUGCUGCUGCUUCCUCCGCCGCCUCCACUGGCGCCGCUGCCAAGAUGGUUGAGUACUUCAAGUCCUCCUCCACGGCUACCCGUACCACCGUCGCUGGCGUCUUUGCCAAGGUCGCCACCGAGUGCGGCAGCACCACCUCUGGUGUCUCCAAGCAGUACUGCACCGAUAUCUACCCUGCUUGCUCUUCCGGUGUCAUUGCCUACACUCUUCCCUCCGCUUCCUACAUGGUCAACUGCCCCUACUUCUUCAACAGCCUUACUGCUCUCUCCAGCACCUGCCACGCUCAGGACCGCGCCACCACUGCCCUUCACGAGGUUACCCACUUGACCCAGAUCAAGGGUACCACCGACCAGAGCUCCUGCUACGGUUACAGCUGUGUCCAGAGCUUGACCGCUGCCCAGAACCUGAACCACGCCGACACCUACGCCCUCUUCGCCAACGCCAUCUACGUUGGCUGCUAA